CCACAGAUGGACAGGGACAUAUGGUCAGAGGAAAUAGGCCACAAUGCUUGUAAUAGGCAUGUGAACAUCGGGCCAGAGUUUCAGGCAAAGAUACCAGAUAUGCAUGAGAAAGAUGAGCUACACAUGUGGGCCGAAAAGCCUCUUCAUGAAGAGUUGCUUUGGAAACCAUGGGUUGAGUUGGAAGAAAGUGACAUCUUACUAGAGCGUGUUGAGAAUCUUCUAGAUCUCAGCACUUCGGCUGCUUUACCUGGAAGUGCUGCUAACCUGGAGCUCGCCCUACACAGCCUGUCCUUAUGUCAGGGCAACAUUUUGGCUGCUUUGGAGAGGAUGCUUUUCUCUGACUCAACACCCUCAAGAGACUACCAUUAUGCCGGAAGUGACGUCUGGGAGUUAAGUGAACAAAAGCUGUUCCAUAAGGCUUUUGCUUUAUAUGGCAAAGACUUCACCUUCAUUCAAAAAAUGGUGAAAACAAAGCAGGUGUCAGAAUGUGUGGAAUUCUACUAUCACACCAAGUGGCGCCAAGAGAAACAGAGAAAGCAGAUGGAGAAACAGCAGCAACAAAUGGAUGCUCCCACUAACCACGUUCUGAUUCCUGCCCCCAAGAUAACAAUGAACAUUGUAAGUGCGGAAAGGUUGAUUCAUACACCCUCAAUGGCACCAAGCUUCCCAUGCAAACAAUGUGGAAAGAUGUUUUACAAGAUUAAAAGCAGAAAUGCUCACAUGAAAAUCCAUCGUCAGCAGCAGGAAGACUGGAGGGAGCGAAUCCAUCCAAACAACCCCCUCAGCCUGGCUCAGGCCCUCCAGAACCAGACCCGAACCCUGACACAUCCAAACCAGCUUAUUACACAGAACUACCCAAAUCAGAUGUUAACCCAAAAUCUGAUCCAGAACCUGGUGCAGUCUCACUCUCAGCUUGCGUUCAUCCAGAGCAACAAAACUCAAAGUACUUGUUUUCCUAAUUCUAUCAGCAACAGUCCCACACAAACCCCACAGACAGCUUCCAAAACCCCAAACCUACCCAUCUAUACUGGCUAUCAACAGACAUGGGGUAGUCUCCAUGGUAGUUUGGAGUCUGGUCUGUAUUAUGACUAACAUAAACGAACAGGUGGGUGUUCAGGUACAAUUUUAACCACCUUAUUAUUAACUGACAUUUUAUUAAAUAUGUAUUUUCUAUAGACAUAGGAAGGGCUCAGGACUGACACAUGGCCAGAUUUUGUACAUAUAAAC